GCACCGCUUGAUGGGGGUCAAACAGCACCGCCACCCCGCCGCCGGCAGCCCAAUGUCUCCUGCACGUGCAACUGCAAACGCUCUUUGUUCAGAGCAUGGAGAUCACGGAGCUGGAGUUCGUCCAGAUCAUCGUCAUCGUGGUGGUGAUGAUGGUGAUGGUGGUGGUGAUCACCUGCCUGCUGAGUCACUACAAGCUGUCUGCCCGCUCCUUCAUCAGCCGGCACAGUCAGGGGAGGAGGAGAGAGGAUGGGCUGUCCUCGGAAGGAUGCCUGUGGCCCUCGGAAAGCACAGUGUCAGGCGGUGGAAUCCCAGAGCCGCAGGUCUACUCCGCGCCCCGGCCUGCAGACCGCCUGGCCGUGCCGGCCUUCGCCCAGCGGGAUCGCUUCCACCGCUUCCAGCCCACCUACCCCUACCUGCAGCACGAGAUUGACCUGCCGCCCACCAUCUCGCUGUCCGACGGGGAGGAGCCCCCACCCUACCAGGGCCCCUGCACCCUCCAGCUGCGGGACCCCGAGCAGCAGCUGGAGCUGAACCGCGAGUCAGUGCGUGCACCCCCCAACAGAACCAUCUUCGACAGUGACCUGAUGGGCAGCUCCGUGCUGGGGCCCUGCGCCCCCAGCAGUAACUCGGGCAUCAGCGCCACGUGCUACAGCAGCGGAGGGCGCAUGGAGGGGCCACCACCCACCUACAGCGAGGUCAUCGGUCACUACCCCGGGGCCUCCUUCCAGCACCAGCAGAGCCACGGGCCAUCUUCCUUGCUGGAGGGGACCCGGCUCCACCACCCACACAUCACCCCCCUGGAGAGCAAGGAAAAGGAAAAACAGAAAGGUCACCCCCUCUAGGAGCCGGGGGUGACUGGGGCAGCUGUAGGUAAAAAAAAGUCAAAACACUCCGCACUUCAUAGAAGAGAAGAGAGAGGAGGGCAGGGGACAGACAGGAAAUGCAGCGUGUGCCACCCCCAGCUCUCAUGUAUAAAUAUUUACUUGUUCUGUCUGGUCUUGAAUGCACAAGCUCAGUUGCAGAAAACCUUGUUGAGCCGUCUUGAAGGCAAAAGAGAAAAAACAAAUUCUACAGUAGUCUUUUUUUGUUGUUGUUGUUGUUUCUAGUCGAGCCGUGUGCGUGAAUGCUUAAUUUCCUUUUGUGAUGGUUUCACUUAACUUUAAAGAAAUGUUUGCACAAAACCUUUGUUUAAAGAUCUGCAAUAUUAUAUAUAAAUAUAUAUAAAAUAAGAGAAACUGUAUGUGGGGGGGGCAGGAGUAUUUUUGUAUUAGAAGAGGCCUAUUAAAAAAACAUUGUUUUCUGAACUAGAAGAAAAAAAGAGGCAAUUUUUGAGUGCCAACUCAGAAAGUGUAUUACCUUGUAAAGAAAAAAAAAAUGACAAAGCAGGGGUUUAGAGUUAUUUAUAUAAAUGUUGAGGAUUUUGCACUAUUUUUUAAUAUAACUAUCUCAGUGCUUGUUUGAGGGAAGCUUGCAUUAUGUCUGUUGAGACGUGGAGGGAGUUCAGAGUCAGAAGUGUCCCCUGGAGUCUGGAGAGGAGUGGGCGGGGAAGGGCAGUGUCCCUGGGGCCCCUUUCCUACAGAUGGGGCACUCUGUCUAGCACAGGUGGAUGACAUGCUACGCAUUCCCUGCGGAAGGGGACACCUUUUUUCCCCUCUGGGUCAGGAUUGCCUUUGGACUGCAGGUGAAUCAAGAAGGUCCCCACUGAGGCACCGAGUUCCACCAGGUGGUUUUUGCCUUUUCCAAAAUGAAAAUAAACUCUUAUGGAAGGAAUCUUAGUUUUUCUUCUUCUGUUACAAACUGCAAAGGUUCCUGUGGUAUGGGCAAGUGCUCCCAGCAAGCUGCAGCCACUCCCUGCGCGUGUGACCAGGGGCGAGGUGGCUUGUUGGUUGAAGUUCAGCUGACCCCAGAAUUUAUCAGCCAAGGUUGAUUCAGUACACCGGCACGUAAGAAAGGCCGGCAAUAUUAGCGACUUGACCUCAACAACGUUUGUGCCCUUUGUAUAUUGAUUUUCACUUGAGGCCAAUAAAAAGACACCCAGCCAUGAAAAGGUGACGAGCCCAGGGUGCUCUCAGGACACAGGGAAGGGUUAAAUCAGAAAGGACAGUCAGGCUCCAGAAGAAUUCCCUACCUUCUCCUUCCCCACAGUUUCAUUCCCUUCACCUGUGUCUCGUGUUACCUCUUCAUAGCAUCUCUGUCAGACUCAACUCUCCUUUACGGCUUUUAUGAGUAGGUUGGAAUUGGAGGGACCCCCUGUUGUAGGAGGAAUGGGUGUGCACAGAGGUGACUACAGAUCGCCAAGUGCAGACCCUUGGGGUGUCACAGGAUCAGUGGCUGGAACUCAAGGUCUUCCUAGCACACCUCCUGUCCCUCAUUUUCCCCAGAUUGCUAACUAGUAGGCUAGCAUAAAAGAAAGACAUACGAAACAAUAAAUGUGUGAACAACUUUUCUAUUACUUGAAAAAGUUUAGAAGUUCUGACGCUGGACCUCUGUUUAUAUGUGUGCAUUUGAAGAGCAUGGUGGCUGCAGAGCCUGGGACCUAAGCAGUCUGCACACCUGCCUGGCAGGAAGUUCCUGCCCCUGUCACCUGCCAGACCUGCUUUUCCAAAGGUCUUGGCAUAAUAUUUGCUUCUUUCUUAAAGAGGGUUCUUUCAAAGGUUGGGCAGCGAAAUCAAUAGAGCUUGUCCUGGAGGGACACGCUCACAGUGUUCCCAUCGUGCCUCCUGCAGGGGAAGCAUCUGGUGCCUUACUGGGGAAGCGGUCACCCUCUUGUCUCGGGCGGGGAUGUUCCCGGACAGUGCCUCACCAUCGGGACCGGUCCACAAAGGGCUACUGUGUCUUUUAAAGUAUCACCCCCCUUGUGCCCUUGCUCCCCGCCCCCGCUGUGAAUGUGCACUGUUGGGAGGUGUCCCCUAUCAUCCCUACAACCUCUGUGGUCGCCAACUGUGUAUGACUCCCAUCUGGGUUGAAAGCCAAUGAGGGCCUCAUCUGUGUGUAUGGCGCCAGCCCAAAGUCAGGCUAACGUCCUCCCAACAAACUGUUGGAAUGUUUGCUUUAUAGUAUGGCUGUGUGUGCCACCAGUGAGACAGGAGGGCGAGGUUACCGCCUCAGCUGGCUCAAGGACAGAGCCCGGCCCUCUGGUUACAACCAGGCUUAUGUCCAGGCUGCCUGGGCUUCGUCCCCGAAGGGCCAGAGCUGUAGAAGUUCAAUGUGAGGGGCUUGUCAGCGACAGGGCACGCCCCAAGAGAAUCGAUGGGUGUUAGUCUGGGAACCACGUGGGCCCCUGCCGGGCCUCAGCGCUGGGCACCUUUCCUCCACACGCUGGCUGCCCUGUCGUUAGGUUUUCCAGUAGGACGUUAGGUGGGCCCUGGGAGAGUGGCUGGUUGGAGAGGGACCAGAUUGGUUUUGGGGUUCUGCUACACUAUCCGGAGUUCAGAGAAGGUGGCAGAGCUCAUUGCCUGUCUGUCCUCAGGUUUCCUUUGGAGAAAACUCAUUUCCCUGUUCCUCUACACGAACAGACUUACAAAAUUGCACUAAGAGCAAUUUUUGCAAAAACUCAAGUGUUUUUGCAAAAAGUUAAAGGCCAUCCCUUUUCCUCACGUGUAGCCAAAACCAGGACUGGGCGAGCACUGGCUCCUGUCCCUGUCCUUGCUGGUGCAAGGUCCUUGCUGGUCGUCCCCGUGAACUGUAUGUUUCAGAUCAGUUUUUUUUUUUUUCCCUGUGUGCAACACAGCUUCCAGAACUAUGGAACAUCACAAUGAUAGAAAAGAAAAGGUGUUUUGUUUUCCAGACUCUGCACUUGAAAUGUCGCUGUACAUAGAGCUUGAAGGGCCACGCCGCCUCCCCUGCCUGACCCGACUGUCAUGCUCACCAAACUGCUUGCACAGGUGUCCUCAGCGCCGGACGCUCCCCCUUGCAGCUCUGUUCUCUCAGUUCUGUUCGCGUGAAACCUCUGUAAGCUCUCUGUGCACGCCAGGCACAGCACUCACGUCGCUGCUGUGUAAGACUGUCUGGAUGCCCGUCCCCAGGCUGAAGAAAUUGCUUGUUGUGUGUCGCUGAUCAUUAGUGGCAAUGAUGACAUUCUGAAA